AUGUCCCAGGCCGCAAUCACGCCCAGGUCAAAGACGGGGCCAAUUCCUGGAAGAUGCCCCGAGACUGGGCGCGACAUCUCGCAGGAGGCUCAACGUCAAGGCGUUGCUGCCGGGGUCGGUGAAGGGUGGAAAAGUCGGCACUUGGGUGCAACGGUACACCUGGCCGCCCUCCAGCGGGAGACUCCGAACCCCAGCAGCGACCCGGCGUUGCCUUUCAUCCCAGAAAACGCGACAAAUCCCGCGAGUCACAUGUCACUCAAGCUCAGUGUACAAGAUGUCACGGUCCAAGCUCGACUGAAGUACUUUAAGCUGGUCUUCCGUGUGGUUGUUCACACACUUGGGAACUGUUCAGCAGUGUGGGUUCCCCUCUGCCCUCCACGCCACUGCCAGUGCCCAUCCCAUUCUCUCUGCCCGUGCCACUGCCUGGUCCCCACAUGCCAGCGCCAGUCCCGCGCGGCUCCCCAGCCCGUGCCAGUGCCCGUCCCGCUCUCUACCCGUGCCGGCGCCAGUCCGGCUCUCUCCGCCCGUGCCAGCGCCCGUCCCGCGCUGCCCCUCCGCCCGUGCCAGCGCCCGUCCCGCGCUGCCCCUCCGCCCGUGCCAGCGCCCGUCCCGCGCUGCCCCUCCGCCCGUGCCAGCGCCCGUCCCGCGCUGCCCCUCAGCACUUGCCGGCGCCAGUCCCGCGCUGCCCCCCCAGCACGUGCCGGCGCCCGUCCCGCGCUGCCCCCCCAGCACGUGCCUUCGCCAGUCCCGCUCUCUCCGCCCGUGCCGGUGUCACUCCCGUCCCGCGCUGCACUCCCGUGCCGGCGCCCGUCCCCGUCGUGCCGGCGCCCGUCCCGCGCUGUUCCCCCACCCCGUGACGGCGCCCGUCCCACGCUGUCCCCACCCAGUGACAGCGCCGGUCCUGCACUGCCCCCACCCCGUGUUUGUGCCUGUCCCGCUCUCCCCCCAGUGCCAGAAGCAGUGGCAGCGUCACCCUGCACCAGACUCAGUCCUGCUCUCACCCUGCACCAGAGUGCGUCCCAGUCUCCCCCGUGCCAGUGCCUCUCUCCGCGUGCCAGUGUUACUCCUCCUCACCAAGCUGUGCUACUGUCAGUCUGA